CGUACUGGAAGAUACCUGAAUUGAGGCCUAAAGCAAAGCCUAAAUGGAUUGUUACAAAUACUUAACUGCUUCGCUAAUACGAACCCAGCUUUUAUAAAUCCGUACCGUAUAUUUCGAAAAAUUAGAAGCAUAUACUAGAUUUUUAACUUCCAAGGAAAAUAAAGAGACGAUGCCUCUCACCAACUGCCCCGUUUGCGGUUCCAGACCCAAUGGCCCAUCCAGUAUAUGGCCAGAACCUGAAUCUCUUACCGAACUGCCUCUAGGUAAAUGGAAUGUCAAUAUUCCAGAUUUGCAGGUCGAAAAACUCGCACUUGACAAUUGUUGUGCAAUCUGCGCGACAAGUGCCUUGGUAUUGUUCGCUGCAGGAAAGAAAUUUGGAAGCAUAGCAGAUUCAGAAGCGAGAAUGGGUUUCUUUGCUCAUAACGUAGCACCAAGCCAACGUUACUUGCUGAGCAUACACCUACCAGAUCCAAUAUUAAGAGUCCUGGCAGGUAGCGAGGAAAUGUGUAUACUGUUUAAUCCAUUCAUGAACUCGCCUCUACGCGAAAUGUAUGAGCCAUGCGGCGAACUUCCAGUCAACAGCGGCUCGCUCGAAACACUUGGCCUCGCAAAGAGGUGGUUGGAGACCUGCAGGAUUCAACAUCCAGAAUGCACCGCACAAGGCGGGCAUUAUGUGCCUACUAGGCUUCUUGAUACUAAUCAAGGCGACAUUAAACUUGUCUUCCGUGAAGAGGUUGAAGUUUCCCAAGGUGGUAUCAAAUAUGUCGCGUUGAGUUAUUGCUGGGGCGGCUCUCAGCCUCUCAGAACACUGAAAAACAACAUGAGCUCGCAUAGAGUACGAAUGCCAUUUGAAAAUUUACCCGCAACAUUCAAGGAUGCUAUCAAGGUUGUCAGAAGUUUAGGGCUGCGAUAUAUAUGGAUCGAUAGUCUUUGCAUCGUCCAGGACGACCAAGAAGAUUGGGUGCGAGAAGCAGAGCAGAUGGAAAGGGUCUACAACAACGCAGAACUAGUUUUAGCUGCCGCUGUUGCAUCAUCCGCUAACGAUGGCUUCUUGCGAGAUCGGCCUCGUGCCAAAGGAGGCCGCAUCAAUUUGAGACUAAACGACACAAACGCCGCAUCUCAAUCGGACCAAGAACCAGAUCUGGAAGACAAAUCGGACAUAAGAGCUGAACCAGACUUAAUCCAGUGCGAUUAUCGCGUAAUUUUUCAAGAUACCCACACUGGAGCGUCAAAAUUACCUUUAGAUGAACGGGCAUGGGCAUAUCAAGAGAGACUUCUGGCGAGGAGGUAUCUUAUCUUCGGACGUGACGAGAUACGAUGGGAAUGCCUCGAGGAUUCUUACUGCGAGUGUGGCUGGGUAUUCACGGAUACAUCGAGAAUCAGGCAGAAAAUGAACCUCGAAAAUAUGUUUCUUUCUGCAUCUAAAUGUCACACACAGACGGAAGGAUGGUGUGAUAACAUCGAAGAUUACAGAAAUAGGAUUCUUUCCGCAUCUAAAUAUCACGCACAGACGGCAGUAUGGUGUGAUAUCGUCGAAGAUUACAGCAAAAGGGAGCUCACUGUACGGUCGGAUAAGCUAGUGGCCCUCUCUGCAAUAGCCUCGAGAUUCCAAUCCAAGUACGGUGGCACUUAUCUUGCCGGUAUCUGGAAAGAACAUCUUAUCCAUGGACUUCUCUGGCACCUGCAGAAUUCGUAUCCCUCCGGCCCCGAGAGUCCGAAUAGCGCGAAUAGUCCGGAAGACUUCUAUAUCCCUAGCUGGAGCUGGGCUUCUAUUAACGUCGGCGACUACUAUGUCAGCUACGGCCGUAUAAACAAGGUAACGUCGUAUGGGGAAUGUAGCUGCGCCUACAUUGUGAACGCUUCGGUAACACCCUCAACGACGAACUGUUUUGGUCCUGUCUCUAGUGGAUCUAUUCAACUCCGGGCCCAAGUUAUCCAGUCGACCAUUCGUUUUUACACUAACAAAAAUAGGGAACCUUAUAUUGAGCCUUUCGACACCAAUCUCGAACAUAGUCGCUUGCUUUUAGACCUACCACUCGCUGCUUAUGAUGCUGCAUUAGAUCAUACUUCGGGGGAAAUAAUUGCCUCUGCUAGGCGAAUCAAUUAUGCUGAAAAGGAUAGUCUGCGAGCGACUCUCACUACGUGUUCGACCUGGAUAUUGCCACUGACGGCUAAAGGGAAACGCCUGUAUUAUCUGGCGUUGGGUCCAUCUCCCAAACAACCAGGCUGUUUUGAACGCCUCGGGAUGGGAUGGUUCUGGGCCAAGUGGGAGAAUGCCAGUAAAACGGCAGACUACAUUUCUACCAAGUAUAAAACCGAUGAAAUCACCCUUGUGUGAAGAAAACCAACCGACGUAUUAUUCAACUUCACUCUCUACCUAAAUAUAGACUCAGAUGAUGUGUAUAGGGAAGGUUGCGUCUUACA